GUCCAAAUGUGAGACCAUUUCCUCAAAAAUGGUCAAGCAGGUCACUGAGGUGAUGGAGAAGGGUACAGGGACCAUGAAACAGCCCCACAUACUCAACAGCCAAUUCCAGCUGAAACCCUAUCAGCUGAUUGGUCUAAAGUGGCUGCUGCUUCUGCAUGAGCACAAACUGAGCGGUAUCCUCGCUGAUGAAAUGGGUUUGGGGAAAACCAUCCAGGCUAUAGCGUUUCUGUCUGAGCUAUAUCAGAAUGGAAUAGAAGGUCCUCACCUCAUCACUGUGCCAUCCUCCACACUGGACAACUGGGUCAGAGAGCUGAAGCUGUGGAGUCCAAGCCUCAAAGUUCUAGUCUAUUACGGAUCUAUAGAGGACCGCCGCUACCUCAGACACGACAUCCUCAAUGAAGAUGUUGAGUUCAACGUCAUUGUGACCACGUACAACUUGGCCAUAGGAAACGAUAAUGACCGCAGCCUUUUCCGUAAGCUGCGUCUGAAGUAUGCCGUUUUUGAUGAAGGUCACAUGCUGAAGAACAUGAACUCUCUGCGCUACCGUCAUCUGAUGGCUAUUAACGCAGAGCAUCGCUUAUUGCUGACAGGAACUCCUUUACAAAACAACCUAUUAGAGCUGAUGUCUCUCCUGAACUUCAUCAUGCCCUCUAUGUUCUCUAGCUCCACUACACAGCUCUCCAAAAUGUUUUCUAUGAAAUCCCACGAGGAGCAAAGCCUCUUUGAGAGGGAGCGUAUUUCUCAGGCCAAACUCAUCAUGAAACCUUUUAUCCUCCGAAGAGUCAAGAGCGAGGUCCUCAAGCAGCUGCCAGCCAAGGAAGAGAAGGUAGAGUCCUGCUCAAUGAGUGAGAAACAGCAGGUUCUCUACCAGAACCUCUUAAAAAAACUCAAGAAGUCCACCAAUGGCGAGAAACGCGAGUUGUGUAAUGUGAUGAUGCAGUUGAGGAAGAUGGCCAACCACCCUCUGCUUCAUAGGCAGUACUACACCACAGAAAAGCUCAAAGCCAUGAGCAAACUCAUGCUCAAGGAGCCAACUCACUUUGAUGCAGACGCUGCUCUGAUUCAGGAGGACAUGGAAGUGAUGUCAGACUUUGAGCUGCAUCGUCUCUGCCAGCAGUACUCCUCCAUCAGCUCCUACCAGCUUGAAACCAAUCUCCUACUUGACUCUGGGAAGUUCCACCACCUCACAGAGCUGCUGGCCUCAAUUAAAAACAAGGGAGACAGAGUUGUAUUAUUCAGUCAGUUCACCAUGAUGCUGGACAUUGUGGAAGUGCUGCUGAAACAUCUUCAGCAUCGUUACGUCAGGCUGGAUGGAUCCACGCCCAUAGCUGAGAGGAUUGUGUUGAUCGAUGAGUUCAACACGGAUCCUGACAUAUUUGUGUUCCUGUUAUCAACGCGUGCUGGUGGCCUGGGCAUCAACCUUACCUCCGCUAAUGUUGUCAUCCUGCAUGACAUCGACUGUAAUCCCUACAAUGACAAACAGGCAGAGGACAGAUGUCACCGUGUAGGCCAGACCAAGACUGUACAGGUGAUUAAGCUGAUCAGUAAGGACAGCAUAGAGGACUGCAUACUGCAGCUGGGCCAGAAAAAACUAAAGCUGGAGCAGGACAUGACCGCUGCUGAACGGGGUGGUGAGGGGACCAUACCUGAAGAUAUGGCAUCUUUGCUCAAAGCCUCACUGGGACUGUGAUACACAAACACAUGAAACUUGAGACUGCACAAAUAUGUUUUUGAUGGCAUACCUGUGAUUCUGGGCAGACUUGAGUGUUUCGACUGAACACGCACUUAUGUGUCUAUACUGGAAAACUACUGAGAACCAUACGCUGCCAUGAAAGAAGUUCUGACAUUGAGAUCUGAUUUACUGUGUAGCAUGGUAGCUGUGCCUAAAACACUAUUUUUACAUGCACACAGUUUUUGAGACCAUCUUGAGACCAUGAUAUGCAAUGGUCCCAAGCUUUAGAAACUUGAAAGAAAAAGGUGUUGCGCAGUUUAUACCACACCAUCAGGAAUGCAGCAUGUGUUGGAGUGCACCAUCGAAUGUUAAGUUCACAUAACCCAUGCAGUUAUUAUUCACAUUCAAAAAUGUAUUGUAUGCCGGUAAGGGACAUUAUGCUUACUGGCGGUCAUUGAUGGAUUAAAUAUUCGCAAUCUAGUAGGGAAAUUGUGCUUACAGACCCAAAGAGGUGGUGCACACACAUUUCUUUUUCUUUUUUUGCCAUACUUCAUGCAGUGUUAAUUUUGUCAGUUUGUAUUUCCAAUGAGUUAACAUCAAAACGUUUUAGCUGCUGUGAUUCACAGCAACAUUAAAAACUAUACUUAUAAUGAUGGUAUUCACAUUCAUUUUGCCAAGUAUCUGGAAAAUUGUACUCUGUCACUGUAAGUGUAAUGUGUUUAGUUAUAUUUUAAGGCAAUUUUUUGGCAAUGGCAGACUGAUUGGCCUUUUUUGACUGAAGAUAAAUGGUUGUGUGAGUGUAUUCAAUGCAUUUCAUACAUAAACACUCCAUAUUUUCUAGUGUGUAAAACUAGAAAAAUAAAAAUAUAAAAUAGAAUGUCUUUAAUAAAUAUGGUGCUUGAAUUGAUUUCUUCUACUCCUUUAAUAUCUUAAGUCAAGCGAUUUGAGGAAGUAGCUGCUGCAUUCGUGUACUGUAUAAGUGGCUAAUGUGUUGUGAGUGUACAAGUGUUACUGUAAAAGCUUUUAUGAAGUCAUUUGUAUGUUUUUAAGGUUCCUGUUUGAAAUUAAUAAUAAAAAUUGGAAUAAA